CCGGCGGGAAGAUGGCGGCGGCGGCGGCGGCGGCAGGCUUUCCAGCUGGGAAGGGGCGCGACAUUAGCCUGGCGGCCCUGCGGCGACACGACCCCUACAUCAGCCGCAUCGUGGACGUGGCCAGCCAGGUGGCCCUGUACACCUUCGGCCACCGGGCCAACGAGUGGGAAAAGACUGAUGUGGAAGGAACCUUAUUUGUUUACACAAGGUCUGCUUCCCCGAAACACGGCUUCACCAUCAUGAACAGGCUCAGCAUGGAGAAUAGGACAGAGCCCAUCACGAAAGACCUGGAUUUCCAGCUCCAGGACCCCUUCCUUCUCUACAGAAAUGCCAGAUUGUCCAUUUAUGGAAUUUGGUUUUACGACAAGGAAGAAUGCCAAAGAAUUGCAGAGCUUAUGAAAAACCUCACUCAGCACGAACAGUUGAAAGCCCACCGUGGAGCGGGAGUGGGGGCGUCCCCCGUGAGCCUCAGCUCGGGAGAGGGCAAGGAGGUGGACAUCUUACGGAUGCUCACCAAGGCCAAAGACGAGUACACGAAGUGUAAAGCCUGUCCUGAGCCCAAACAGAUCAGCAGCUCGUCCGCCAUCUACGACAACCCCAAUCUCAUCAAGCCAAUUCCGGUGAAGCCCGGUGGGAGCCGGCAGCAGCGCGGCCCUCGGCCCGGCCAGACCUUAGACCCUGAACCCCAACACCUGUCCUUGACGGCUCUCUUCGGGAAGCAGGACAAAGCUACGUGUCAGGAAGCCGCGGGGCCUCCAAAGACCCUCCACCAGCAGCAGCAAGAGAAGCUUCCGAUUCGGCAGGGGGUCGUCCGCUCCCUGUCCUACGAGGAACCCCGAAGACGCUCGCCCCCGCUCGAGAAGCAGCUCUGUCCCGCCAUUCAGAAGCUCCUGGUCGGGAGCGCGGACCUGCAGCCGCUGGCAGAGCUGCCCGAGAGCCGGCCCUGUGGAGACGCCGCCCGGCCAGGGUCUCCCCGCGGCCCCGAGGUCUCCCGCCGCGCGCACGGUGCCCCCAGGCCUCAGAACCCGCCGGACCAGCUCCAGAGCAUCCCCGGGGCGCCGGCACCAGCCGCCUCGGCCGAGACGCCGGGGGCCCGGGCACUCCCGAGGCCAGCGCCCCCCGGUCCUGGGCCCGGCCGUCAGCCCCCGGGGCCCAGCGAGGUCUCCCCGCGGGAGCUGCUGUGGAAGCUGCAGGCGGUGCAGCAGGAGCAGCAGUUGCCGGCGCCCGGCCGCCCCGCCCUGGCGGCCAAGUUCCCCGUGGCCACCCCGAGCGCCCGGGCACGGAACCCCCUGGAGUCCUGGAGGGACCAGACCCCCGGCGCGGAGCAGCAGGCUCCCCUCCUUCAGGUCCUCUCGCCCCGGCGCGCCCCGCCCGCCGCGGGCCCAGCUCCGCUCAUGUCGCCACUGGUGUUCGCGCAGCCCCCCUGGGCCCCGCCGCCAGAGAGGGGCAGUGGGCCCUUGCCCCCGGGAAGCCGGGACCCAGCGGCCGGCCCCAGCGGCCCCCUCCUGCCCCUGCGGACGCCGGAGCCCCCCAGGACGCCGGGCGGUGCCCUGACCAAGCCGCAGCUCCAGGAGGCCCUGCUGCACCUCGUCCAGAAUGACGACAACUUCUUAAAUAUAAUCUACGAAGCUUAUCUCUUCAGCAUGACACAGGCGGCCAUGAAAAAGACUCUGUGAAAGCAAAACAUUUUAAGACUGAUCUCCAAGGCCCUCGGCUCAAGGUUCUUUCAUGUCAAAUGUUGUUUCCCUAAAUGUUUCUGCCUUUUUUAAAAAGUAUGUAUUAUAUGCAGUAAAACGCU